AAAUUCCCUUCCCAUGCCUACCAAGCGAUCGCCCUCCGCACUCCGACGCUAGCUGUGCCUUGACAUGCAAUAUUUCUCUGCCAUUUUGAUAUCCGGCAGCGAUUUCAGACGCACUCCAAACUGAAAGUCUAGAGACGAAAAACGAAGGGUAGGCGAUAGCAGCAGCAACAACGACAUGAGUGAUCAUUAGCACUGUUGUGGUUCAAAUUUGGCCCGAGGGUGACCAUGUCGAAGGAGCUACUGGCCGAAGCGAAGAAAGGAAGACCACCUUUCGUGUGGCGACGGCAUACCUAUGCUAAGUCCGAGACUCUUUAUUUUGGCAACAAACAUCAUGAAGUUCUGCCUCCAAUGGUACGUACUCCCUCUCACCACCCCUCUCCACGCCCCCGUCUCUUUCUUUUGCGCCCCCCUUUCCGACCCGCUUAUUGGCUCUCACCACCAUCUCCUUUCCUUUUUGUCUUCCUCUUGGUGACUGCAACAACAUGCUUUACCCCAAGCAAGACAAGCAGGACAAGAUACUCCUCUACAUCUCCCGCCGCUGCGACUGCAAGGUCUCUGAUACUAAUCUUUUCUCUUCCAUUUUGUGUCGUUCUUUCUUUGUGGGUUCACAUGUUGCUAGGUUUCCUUAACUUUCUUUGCUUUCUUUCUUUCUUUUUUUCCAUCCCAAACUAGUCAACAUAAUUCACCCGUUUAUUCUGUCGAGUAUUCUAUGCAUAAUCAAUGCCCUAGCGUCUUGUGGUGUCGCUUGUUUCCUGCUCCAGCUAGCCUGAUGGUUGUUUUUAACAUGCUUCCAUCUUGAAUAGUGUGUACUUGAGCAAGAAAUUCUUGUUGUGCAAGAUGGAGGGCUCAAGAGUUCAAAAUUAGAAUGGCAGAGAUGAAGCUGUUGUUGUGGAUUCGAUGGACGACAAGUUCGGGGUCAUAAAGGAGUAUUGCAACAGAUCAUGAUAAGAUAGGGGAAGGAAAGAAGAGGAGCGGCCCUCUAAUAAUAACAUGGUCAUGGGUUCUGCAAUAAGGGUAACGAUGAUGGUCAAUGUAGCAGGCAGAGAGAGAGAGAGAGAGAGAGAGUAUAGCAGUGUUAAUUGGAAAUGUAAUAAUUAAUUUGGGUAGAUGUAUGUUAAUAUAAAUAAUCAGUGGGACUAAUUCAACCAGUUUCUAUGAACAAAUAAAAUCUUUGAUAACUGCAGUGUUAGGCCAACCAGCCCUAGCUUAGUCUAGUUUGAUUAGAAACUCACUGAUUGUUAAUUGAGUUUAUGUGCUCCUGUAUUUCAUAAAUAUCCAUGCUCGUUGAUGUUAAGACCUUUAUUACGUGAAUGACAGUAUCCCUCUGAAUAUAUGACCAGCUAUCUAGAUAGAUUGUUUCCACCAUGACAUAAAAAAUAGAUAACCUUACUGAUUUUCCUAGUAAUUUUUUAAUGAAACACCCGUAGGUGAUUAAUGCAGUUGUGCUAAGCUCUAUGUAGAUAAUUUAGGAUACAACCUUAAACAUGGGUAGCCUUCUCAUUUUUGAUUUUUAUAAUUUUUAGAGAACCCUGUACAUAACGUAUUCAGUUAUAUUAAGCUCUUUAAUAUUAUUUUCCACAUUCCCUUCAAAAUUGAUCCUUAGGUACCAAUUUUCAGUUGGCAGAAAGUUUUAUAAACUCGUUUCUAUAUUCUGUAUCUUUUUAAGGUAGCGAAAAGUUCUUUCAUGAGCAUAGAUGGAAGAACAAUUGAAAACCAUCUAUACGUAUUUAUUCAUUGUUCUUAGUUUUGGUCCUAAAAGUUUUAUGGCAUUAUAAAGUUAAAAACAAUUCUGGAUGCCUUGUAACGAGUUUUUUAGUUAUGUAACAUUAACAAAUCCAGAAAGCAGCAUCCAUAAUCCGGCAGUAGCUAGGGUGAAACUUGAAAUAUUUCAAGAAUACAAGAUGUUAUUGCUGGCUUUGUUCAUUAUUCAUGCAUGAAUUUUGUUGGCUAGCAUUUGGAUUUUGGAUUGACGGACAAAUUAUUUUUUUAUGACCAUAUUUUAGCUAUUCUUCUUUAUUUUAAACCUGGAAGGUCCAGGGCUCUAUAAAGCUGGAGGGAGGGUAAGGUGGGGGAGAAGAUGAUGGAAUCGGUGGGCUCGCUCCCCGUGGCGAACGUCCAGGCUCUGGCUGCUGCCUCCAGUGGCCUGAGCGAGGUCCCUCCGAGGUAUCUCCGGCCCGAAGCAGAGUCGGAUCCCGUCACCGGUGACGGCGGUAGUCUCGAGAUCCCGGUCAUCGAUAUGAAUAGACUACUCCAACCCCAGUCAUCCCGGGAUGAAUCCGCCAAGCUUAAUCUGGCCUGCGAGCAGUGGGGCUUCUUUCAGUUGAUUAACCAUAAUGUUCCCAAUGAACUGAUUGGGAGAAUGAAGAUUGAUAUUGAAGAGUUCUUCAAACUUCCUUUAGAGGUAAAGGAGCAAUUUGCUCAGCUGCCGGGCAAUCUUGAAGGUUAUGGUCAGUUAUUUGUCGUAUCAGAGGAUCAAAAGCUAGAUUGGGCAGACAUACUUUACUUCAACACCCAACCACUUAACCAGAGAAACGUGAGAUUUUGGCCUACUCAACCACUCACAUUCAGGGCUACACUGGAUGAGUACUCACAAGAGCUGAAGAACACAGCAGAUUGUCUAUUGGGUUUAAUGGCCAAGAACCUAGGACUUAAUCCAGAGAUCCUCACCGAAAUGACUGAGGAAGGAAUACAAUCAGUCAGGAUAAAUUACUACCCCCCAUGCCCCCAAGCAGACAAGGUGUUGGGCUUGUCCCCACACUCUGAUGGUGAUCUUAUAACACUGGUCCUUCAAGUAAAUCAAGUUCAAGGGUUGCAAAUCAAGAAAAAUGGCAAAUGGGUCCCUGUCAAGCCCCUUCCUGGUGCUUUCAUUGUUAAUGUUGGUGAUAUCUUUGAGAUAUUCAGUAAUGGGAGGUAUAAAAGCAUUGAGCAUAGGGCUGUCGUAAGCACGGGAAAAGAACGGCUUUCUGUUGCAGCAUUUCACAGCCCAAACAAUGGUGCCAUGAUAGGUCCCCUUCCACAGCUUGCAAGAGGAAGCGAGGUAAAUUAUAGGACAGUGGACCAUGAGAACUUUAUGAAGCUCUUCUUCUCUGCUAGACUUGAUGGGAAGAGCUUCUUGGAUCGCAUGAAGUUAUGAAGGUGAUCUUUCGAGAAUGAAGAGGUCUGGUAUAACUGUUUUCUGAACUUGACUAUUGUUUCAUCAAAAGUGAAAUGCACUUCCAAGGUUUCUUAAGGCUUGCUCUUUAAUAAAAAUGAGUUUGGGUUUUACAUUGCUGAA